UUUAUAUAUAGUUUUUGAAGAUUUUCUAAGUCCUUUGGUAAUCCAAGAACUAUUUAAAGCUUUUGGUUUUACAAUAUUUUCAGAGAAUGGAAUAUUUGCAUCGUACACCGAGUAAAAUGUAUUAAAGAACUUAUUAUUGAUUUUAUUUCAUUGAAAUUAUGUUUCCAGUUUAAUAAUUGAUGCUUAAACCUUUCUGAGCUAUUUUUAUUAAAAAAACGUUUUCUUAUCAUAAUCUCAGAAACGCAAUUUGUUGACCACUUUUCCUCUCCGAGCGUACGUACUUUAUGGACGACCCCUUACCAUACGUCCCGUUUUACCGGGAUUGUCCCGGUUCUAUGUCAUUUGUCCCAGCGUUCCAAAGAUUUUCGUUUUGUGCCGUUUUUGGAAAAAAUGAAUUUUUUGUUUCAUUUAGUCCCAAACAAAAUUCAUGAUUUUAAAUUUUUAAAAAAAAGCAGACAACGAAAAUCAUAUUAUUUUAAUAUUAAUACAAAUGCUAACAAUUGCUUUCUAGGUCUGCAUUUUAUCAGGAAUUCAAGUUUUGAUUUGGAAUCAUCUUGAAUAACGCUAACCAUUGACUUUAUAAGUGUAUGUGUAGUUGGAGUUUAAAUUGGAGGAAUUUUGUGAUUUUAUAAAUGAGGAAUAUAGAAAAAUAAUCCAGCAUGGAAGUACUAGAUUUCUUUCACUGUUAACCGCAGUUAAAAGAAUUUUGUAUAUGCUUGAGGCCCUGAAAUAAUAUUUUGUUUCUCAAGAAAAUUGUCCACGUGCUUUGAAAGCCUUUUUUUAAAGGGAAACAGAUUCCCUUCCUAGUGUUGAAAUCCAGUAUUUGGAUCACGAGAUGAAAGAAAUGUUUCCUUCAGAAAUUGUGAAUGUGGUGUCUAAUAAUAUGAUACGUAAUAUUAUUGAGAAUAAUGUUGACAAUUCAGAAACACCAAUUGGAGGUGAUUUCAGAGUUAUUAGUAAGAGCAUCAUUGAUAGAAGCAUUCUAGUCGAUGGAGAAUCAGCCACUGUUAAUGAUGACAAACUUACAUCCACGUUAACAAAUAUUUCUGUAUUUGUUGAGAACAUUGAUGCCCAUGCAAACUCAGCCACUAUUAGUAACAACAAACUUGCCUCUACAUCAGGAAAUGUGUCUCUGUCUAGCUAUGCUUCAUCUAGCACUUCAGUGUAUAUAAGAAGCAGACAUCCUGAUCUUUCCAAGCGGGAAAGAAAUGUAAGAAGUGAUAAUCGAGUAGCUGGAAAACCUUAUGUUAAUCGAAAAGGAGUUUUAGUUCCUAAAAAGUUACCCGAAGAUAUAGACUGUAAAUGCAAAUUUCAAUGCGGUACAAUGAUACCAUAUGAGCUGAGAAAACUUUUGUGAGCCCAAUAUUAUGCAUUGACCGAUGCAAAUUCUCAAAAAUCUUUCAUCUGUUCUCUAGAUUUAGAUAGCAAUACAAUUGCAAGACGUAGACAAAGAAGCGAAGAGGCAAACAAAACACAUUGCAUUUCAAGAUCGUAUUUUUUGCAAUUCGACAAUAAAAACAUCCGCGUAUGUCUAAAAUUUUUCUGUAGUACAUUUAAAUUUAACGCAUUAAAAGACAAGGUAAAUGGGAUGUAUGUUGGCAAUUAUAACAGAAAAGGGAAAUCAGCACCAAACGGUACACCUGAGAAUAUUAUUUUAGGAAUAAAACGACACAUCGAUAGCUUCCCAAGAAUGGAGUCACACUAUUGUCGACGUGACACAAAAAAACUGUAUUUAGAUUCCAGUCUUAAAAUUUCCAUCAUGUUCAGGAUCUAUAAAGAUCAAUUAUGCCCUGAAAACAAUAUACUACAGGAAUCAAAUUAUAAUAUAUAUACAGGGGUGGGACCGCAAAAUGUGAACGUUUUUGUUUUAUUAUAACUAUUUUCUCGUUAGAUGUAGUUGUACUCUCUCACUCAUCAGAAAGUGUCUAAAGAGUUGGUCUAAACGUUGUAAAUGAUCUACGAGAAUCAAGGAGGUCAAAUUGAACAUUUAAAAU